GGAUACAGCAGAUUAAACUCAAAAAAACUGUAAACAACAAUAAUGAUUACAACAAUGUUACCAACAAUGCAAAUGAAAAAUGGAUUAUCCUUUCAAGACAAUAUGAUGUUUGUCUGGGACUCAUCCUAGUGACAUCACAAGACUCGAUUGAUGAGUUUUGUAUGGGAAAAGUCAAGAAC